CCUCUGCUCGUGCGCGCGUACCGUUUGUGGCGUAACAUCGAGUGAGACGCGGAAAUCUAUUGGCAAGUGACGAACGGAAAAGAUGUGGAAGUCAGUGGUGGGCCACAAUGUGAGCAUGAAGGUGGCUGCAGAAGGCGACGACUGGGAGACGGACCCAGACUUUGAGAAUAAUGUGUCGGAGCAGGAGCAGAGGUGGGGGGCCAAGACCAUUGAAGGUUCUGGCCGCAAAGAGCCCAUCAGCAUUGCAGAGCUGAGGCACAAAGUUGCAGCAGAGCACGAGCAGGUGAAACAUCAGAAGACUCCCAAAGCGUCGUAUGGUUACGGAGGGAAGUUCGGCGUGGAGACGGACCGCAUGGACAAGGUGGCGGUGGGACACGACUACGUGGCCCAAGUGCAACAGCACAGUUCCCAGAAAGAUGCGGCGAAGGGGUUCGGGGGAAAGUUUGGCGUAGAGAAAGAUCGUCUUGAUAAGUCUGCUGUGGGUUUUGAGUAUAAAGGUGAAGUCCAGAAGCAUAUGUCACAGAAAGAUUAUUCCAAAGGCUUCGGGGGUAAAUACGGCGUAGAGAAGGAGAAAGUGGACAAAGCCGCCAUGGGCUACGACUACAAAUGCCAAACGGAGAAGCAUCAGUCGCAAAGAGAUUAUUCCAAAGGCUUCGGGGGCAAAUACGGCGUUGAGAAGGAGAAAGUGGACAAAGCCGCCAUGGGCUACGACUACAAAUGCCAAACGGAGAAGCAUCAGUCGCAAAGAGAUUAUUCCAAAGGCUUCGGGGGCAAAUACGGCGUGGAGAAGGAGAAAGUGGACAAAGCCGCCGUGGGCUACGACUACAAAUGCCAAACGGAGAAACACCAAUCCCAAAAAGAUUAUUCCGCAGGCUUCGGAGGCCGAUAUGGUGUACAGUCGGAACGCAUGGACAGGAGUGCAGUUGGCUUCUCAGAGAUGGACCCCCCAGCUUCUGCGUAUGAAAAGAUGCAGCCAGUAGAGGCUUCCGGCGCCAGUGCGGGCAAACUGAAGGCUCGUUUCGAGAGCCUGGCCAAGGCCUCGGACGAGGAGAACAGGAGAAGAGGAGAAGAAGAGAAGAGCAGGAGAAAGGAGAGAGAGAAGAGAGAGCGACAGGAAGCAGAACGCAUACAGCAGGAGCAGAAGAGCAGAGAGGACCACCACCAUCCUGCAGAUGUUCCAAAAGUGCUUGCAGGAUGUGAAGAGCCACCGGAGAUCUCCCAGAACAUACCAGAAGAAGCAGAGUCGGAAACAUUCGACGACGAGCCUCCUACUUUGCCUCGGCGCUCGGACUACUUCCUGCAAAUGGACCUUCCUUUGCCACCCGUCGAGGAGGCGGAGGAUGCCGACGUGUACAACCAAGUCGCAGCGGAUGACGAAGGCGAAGAGUACGAGGAGUUGGCGCCGGCGCCCCCUGUGGUGGAGGUGGGAGGGGAUGACUAUGAGGAAGUUGGCCUGGCGCCCCCCGCAGCUUGGUCGGCGCCGGACGACUAUGAGAAGCUGUCAGGUGACAUCCAAGCCGUAGCAAUUUAUGACUAUCAAGGAGAGGACGUGGACGAGAUCUCCUUCAAUCCGGACGAUGUCAUCACCGACAUCGAGAUGAUCGAUGAGGGCUGGUGGAAGGGACGCUGCCACGGACGCACCGGCCUGUUUCCCGCCGUGUACGUCCAGCUCAUCCAGUGAGACUGUGACGCCACCAACCAUUGCAGGGUACAUUCAAUAAGACGUGUAAGCUUCUUUUGGGGGGCUGGACAUAAUAAUCGACCAUUUAAAAUGUGUGAAAUUGUUCAUAUAUUCAGUCUUUACACGACACCGCUACUAGUUUGCAAGGUUAAGAAUAAGGCUGUCCCGAUCACAUUUUUUUAGCACACAAGGCCAUGUCACUUGAUUUGGAGUGUCUGCUGAUACAAUACCUUAGCAAAUGCAUCAAGGAGAAAAAGAGAGCGCAUCCAAAUUGCCUUUUUUUUUUUUUAAACUUGAAUAAAAGUAUCCCAGCUGCUUUUCUGCCGCUUGUCUUUUUCACGUGACCACAGAAACUCAAAAUGUUGGGCUUACAUUGUGUUUAAGCGAUUGCCUUUCCAUUUGGCAAUAUCUUUGUACCUCCGGAUUGUCUUCAUCCGAUACCGAUCAUCUAAAAAUUACGUUUGGCCCGAUUUCAGAUUACAUGAUCGGGACAAUUCUAGUUAACAUGACAUUAGCUAUGGAAAGACCUCCAUUAUAUAUUAUGUUUAUACAAUAAUUCUGUCUUCCCAAUUAUUUGACAGAGUAUAUUUUAUUUAAAAAAAUUGUUACAUCCUGCCUCCUUACAGUGUAAAAAGAAAAAUGAAAAUACUGAAUAUGUUGCAAAAAGUGUGUGAUCUAUGCUAAGAGUAGCAUAAACAAAAAUAAUUUCAACCAAUAUUUUGGAGUGACUUUACUAUGCCCAUCCCUUUGUUUACCAACACCCAUUCAAUAAGUCUGUGGUCCAGGACUUUUAUUGCAAUUCUAAGCUUUUUAUGAUUUCAAAAUGGGGACAAUUGGUAAAUCAUUGUUUGUUGUUACAUUGUUUGGAUAUAUUUUACAUGAAAUUUAAUCUUUUAAGCACACGAGUGAAGAAAUCAAAAUAUACUUUGUGUCCAAAGUGUUGCUGCUGUUCCAUCCCAAUAAACAGAGCCUAUGUUGCA